AUGGCCCUGGGCGGUGCGGACAACAUUCAUAAUGUUGUUAGAAAUUUGCCUCCAGUACCUCGAUACGCCUCUGUUGCCAUGAGCCUGCCUGUUGCGGUGAGCGCAACCAACGCUGCCAUCAGCAAUAUUUGUGCUGUUGUGAAUACCGUUUGCAACAUCAUUAAUACUGCGCCGAAGAUCUCUGCCGCCCUGGAGUCAGUCCGACGAUGGUUCUGGGGCCUGGCUCCAAACGAGGAGGAUCAAGAUGGAUACGCGGCCCUUGAGUCUCGUCGGGGAGGGGGCACUCCGUAUGAAGAGAAGAAGAAAGGGAAAAGAAAAAACUAUGUAUUAAUUUUAAUACUGAUACAAUAUUGA